CUGCUGCUGUGUGUGCGGUUCUGUGCGUGCGUUCGUGUCGCUCUUGAUUGAUUCCUUAAUUUCUCUAUCUAGAUCCUCUCUCUCUAGAUCAUUUCAGGUCCAUGUCGGGUUAAUUUGUUCGUUUUAGGUUAAGAGAUCAAGCAAAUGUUCGAUAAUUUUCUUUCAUUUAUACCAUCGUUUGAUCCUGCUCUCUCACUUGUUCACCAGCUUUCUUUAUCUCUGUCUGUCGCGCGUGCUCAAUCAUUUCCAUAAUCGGUAUCUCGUACCAUAUUGUACUGAAAAUCCGUGAUUCGCUGUCACUCUCUCAAGGUUCUUCGUCACUCUAAUCUACGAAUCCGAUCUCAGUGUGUAUUGAUCGAUCAUUAGGCUUUUAGCUUCAAAUCGUGAUCACCCUUUAGAGCUAUCGAGCUCUACUCAUCUGGGUCCAACUUAGAUCUUCAAAAUAGCUUGUUAAGAUGGUGGAUCCAAGUUCAACAGGAUCAGAGUCGGAGGGAACAAAUAGGAAAAACCCAGAUGGGGAUUCAUCAGUAGAGAGCCCAAACGAGCACAGCAAGAAGACAUGCGCAGACUGUGGAACCACCAAGACUCCUCUAUGGAGAGGCGGUCCGGCUGGGCCCAAGUCACUGUGUAACGCUUGUGGGAUCAGGAGCAGGAAGAAGAGGAGAGCUAUUUUGGGUCCUAACAAAACAGAGGAAAAGAAAGCAAGAAAAGGCCAUAACAAUAGAAGUAGUAACAAGCUUGGUGAUGGAUUGAAGCAGAGAUUGUGGGCUCUGGGUAGGGAUGUGAUGAUGCAGAGAUCAACGGUGGAGAAGCAACGGAGGAAGCUAGGAGAGGAAGAACAGGCUGCUGUUCUAUUGAUGGCGUUGUCUUAUGGUUCUGUUUAUGCCUAGGUGUUUGUUUUCCGGGGGAAAUAAUGAAAUAUCCAGAAUUCAAAAUGAAUUCUGAAAUGUGUUUACCCAAUUUGUAAUUUUGGGUUUAUGUAUUGCAAUUUUUUUUUAAUGUUUGGUAGGUUCAUAUUUUUCUAGUAUUACUAACUUGUAUGGAGGAGUGGCCAAAUUGGCUUGAGAUAAUCAUCUUUGUGAGAUUCAAAUUUAACUCUCCAUAUUAAUAUCAUCCGACUUAUUAAA